AUGUUAUCGGUCAAGAAGGUCUGUGUGCUGGUACUGGUAUUGGUGUUUACGAUUAAUGGUGCUUUGUCAAUAUCGUUGAUAGAAGAAGAAAAACAUAUUAAUCAUUUCUAUCAUGGUGAUAGUUUUGUUUACAUGAAUUUUAAAAAUGCAGCUUCUAAUCUGAGUUUCGGUAAUGGCGCAGCAGCUAUCACACCCAACAGAUUACUGAGAUUAACCAAUAACACACAUCAAAUUGGUCAUGCUUUUCAUUCUCGUCCACUACGUUUCAAGAACAAUACUAAACAAAAUUCAUCAUCCGAAACUAAGAAUUCAAGUUCUGGUGGUGGUAAUGUUCUUUCCUUCUCUACUUCAUUCAUCUUUUCUAUAAUAAAAGAAAAUCCACGGGCGGUAGAUGCAGGUUUAACUGGUCAAGGGAUUGCUUUUGUUCUUGCACCUCAACCAGAGUUGCCUGGAGUAAUGGGAAACGGAUAUUUAGGCUUGUUUAAUUCGUCAAACAAUGGAAACUCAACCAACCAUGUUCUUGCUGUCGAAAUAGACACCGUUUAUAAUAAAGAAUUCGAUACCAUCAAUGGUGACCAUGUAGGAAUUAAUAUCAAUGGCAUAAGAUCUGUUAUAGCUUCACCUCCAGGGUACUACACCGAUGGCAAUGGUGGGAGUCGCAAACUUGGCCUUACAAGUGAGGAUCGGAUUCAAGUUUGGAUAGAAUAUGAUGGUGUAGGAAUGAAACUUAGCGUGACGUUAGCUCCAAUUACAGUGCCUAAACCAGAUAUUCCUCUAUUGUAUUACAAGCACGAUCUUUCCGAUAUUCUCUUAGAUUCGAUGUACGCUGGCUUCUCAUCAUCUACUGGUUCUGUUCCAGUAUCAUAUUACAUAUUGGGAUGGAGUUUUGAGAUUAACAAAAGAGAGACUGAUGACCGAAAUGCAAAAAUCUUUGGAGUAGAGCUUCCAAUUAUUAUCCCCGUUUUCGUGUUACUAUUUCUCAUUGGAGUCGUAUUCGUUGUAUUAAAAAUUAGGAGUGAAAAGCUUGCAGAUGUAGCGGUGGAGGAUUGGGAACUAAAUCAUGGAAGGCUGAGGUUCUCAUACAAAGAUUUAUACAUUGCGACUAAUGGCUUCAAAGAGAAAGAACUUCUUGGAGUUGGCGGCUUCGGAAGGGUCUAUAAAGGCAUAUUGCGAACUUCAAACACCAAAGUUGCUGUCAAAAGAAUCUCCCAUGACUCGAAACAGGGAAUCAGGGAAUUUAUAUCAGAGAUCAUUAGCAUCGGUCACCUUCGGCACAGGAACUUGGCACACCUCUUGGGUUAUUGCAGGAGAAACAGUGAACUUCUAUUGGUGUAUGAUUAUAUGCCUAAUGGAAGUCUGGACAAGUUAAUUUUUCGCCAUUCAGAUUCAACCUCAAUAACCCCAGUUCUCAGCUGGAACCAGAGAUUUCAAAUCAUAAAAGGUGUAGCUUGUGGGCUGGUAUAUCUGCAUGAAGAGUGGGAACAAGUAGUGAUUCACAGAGACAUCAAGGCCAGUAAUGUUCUACUAGAUGGAGAAAUGAAUGCAAGGGUAGGUGAUUUCGGUCUUGCGAGAUUGUACACUCGCGGAACCAAGUUUCAGACGACCAAGGUUGUUGGCACACUGGGUUAUAUAGCACCAGAAAUGAGUAGAACGGGUAGAGCAACAACUUGCUCAGAUGUUUUCUCGUUUGGUGCCUUGUUGCUUGAAGUUGCUUGUGGUAGGAGACCAGUAGAACUGAAUAAAUCCGAGAUGGAAGAGGGUGAAGUUCUUGUCGAUUGGGUCUUAAAUUGUUGGAGAAGCGGUGACAUAUUACAGACAACUGAUUCAAAUUUAUUGAAUGAAUAUGUAAAAGAAGAAAUGGAAAUUGUAUUGAAGUUAGGAUUAUUAUGUUCACGUAUUGAUCCACAGGCUAGACCAAGCAUGAGACAAGUGAUGCAAUAUUUAGAAGGACAUUUGCCUCUGCCUGAUACUGAUCUGUGGGCGCUUAAUCUCGGCACAUUGUUGAUGUCAACGAGUACUGGUGAGUGCCGAAGCUGUGCAGAAAUCUCGAUGAAUCGAUCAUCAUCAGCUCUAGGUUCUGUCCUCUCUGGGCCUCGCUGA